AACGAGUCGUGGAAGCGGAGAUGGAGAACUUCAUCCUCUAUGAAAAGCUUGGUGCAGGACACAGCUCUGUUGUCUAUAAAGGAAGAAGAAAGGGCCAUCUCAACUACGUAGCCAUCAUUUGCACAGACAAAACCAAGAAAGCGGAAAUCACUAACCAUGUACGACUCAGUCACAAUAUGGACCAUCCAAAUAUCGUACGCUUUCAUGAAUGGUAUGAGACAAGUAAGCACCUCUGGGUGGUAGCUGAACUUUGUACAGGUGGUUCUCUGGAGUCUGUAGUUACUCUCGAUGGCAGUUUGUCAGAAGACGUGGUGAGAAGGUUUGGAUGGGACUUGGUCAAAGGCUUGAAACACAUCCAUGGAUUAGGAAUCAUCCUGUCAGACCUAACUCCUGCCAAGAUCCUUCUUGAUGGAAGUGGCGUUUUGAAGUUAAGUAGUUUCUGCCUGUCCAGAGCGGAGGAAGAAUCUCUGGAGGACAUAUUUAUGUCGUUCUCUACAUCAGAGAAAACAGAUGGAAAUGAAUGGAAGGACCGCUUGAAAAAAAGAGAACAAGGUUCUGUUACGUACAGUGCUCCAGAGGUUCUGCGGGGAUCUGAAACCAGUGUGAGCUCUGAUCUCUGGGCUCUUGGUUGCGUACUGUACUACAUGUUCAUGGGCAAACCUCCUUUUUAUUCUGACAAUCACACUGAUCUGACAGAAAUGAUUUUGCAUCAAGACCCCCCUCCUCUCAGAGUAACCACAGCCCCUCCCAGUCAGGACUUCCAGAGUCUUCUGAAAGGCUUGCUUAACAAAAACCCAGAUACCAGGAUCAACUGGCCAGAGUUGCUGGAUCAUCCUUUCUGGACCCAAGCAAAAAGGGAGGAAGAAGAUGCAGGUGAAGAAAGCAAUAAACGCAGUGAAAAGCGAGAAAGUAACGGCUGCGAGGGAGAUGACUCUGUGAACUUGAGGGCAGAGCAGACAGACAGUGGCCACUCGUCCAGCGUCCAGUCAGGCUACCUGAAGUCAAAGAACCUCGUCUCUUCAAACAUAAUGAGUGAAAUAGCUAAAAAGCCACAUGACAGAGGAACUGAAAGCCAGCAAGUCGUUCACCACAGGAACAGCUGGGUCCUGCAGAAGGAGGUAUUGGAUGAAAGAACUGGAGACGAGGAGGUGAAGACUGAAGGGGAUCCUAAACCAGCUGAAGUGGAGCAAAUGUGUCCUUUGCUGCAGCCCAAUAAAUCUCAUGUAACAGAUAUGUUGGAGCUGAGGCCAAAAUUCUGGGAGGAUCAGGACAAUACCGAGGCCAUCUUCCAGCUUAGUUGCCACCCCAACCUAAGAAGCAGCUGCAACAUUUCAGACUCUCUGAACCAGAACCCUGCAGUUGAGGCCAGCUCUUGUCCUGACAUCACAAACUGCACGAAGCAGCUUCUCCAUACUGACUCUGAUCUGAGCAUCACUCCCAUUAUUGACAACCCCAAGAUUCUUAAGAGUCCUCCUGUUCGAUUUGAUCCCAAAACCCUCUGCGUACCAGCACAUUCAGUUGAGAAGCUGCUCUCCCUGAACGAUGAGGAGUGGACUGCCUUUCUGCUACAACUGCAGUCAUGUCUUGAAGAGCAGAACUCCUCGUCCCUCCCCAUCUCUAAUGCUCCUCCUCAGUCUACAGCUGUUCGAGCUAGACUCAAUCUGCUGUGCUACCUCUGCUGUGUAGCAGGAAAUAAAGUUAUCUCUAACAAGCUGAUGAACUCACCCCUGCUUCUAGUACUGACCCAUCAGUUACGGCAAGCUCCAAACUGGGACGUGCGGAGCAAAGUUCUCAGACUUAUGGGUCUUCUGGCUCUGCACUGUAGUCACCUAGAAGAGGACAGUCCUGUCACUGAGGCAGUUUCAGCUCUGACAGACCUGCUGAGGGAAAAUCUCAGGAAUAAUAAACUGAAGCAGUUUGUGCUGCCACCGCUUGGGGAGCUUCUCUACCUCAUUUCAUCUCAGUAUGAAUUGCCGCUUCUGAGGGGGCAACAUGAGCUGGAGGCGGACCUGGGGUCCGAGAUGAGGCCUGAGGCCCACAGCUAG